UACAGUAGCCCCGGGAGGCGGCAGCGGCGGCGUCGGCGGCGAGGGAGCGAACCUCAGCGGGCGGGCCCCAGCCUGAGGGAAGGGAGGAAGGGGCGGGGAGAGCGCCAGAGGGAGGCCGAUCGGCCGCGGGCGGGCGGGCAGCGCAGCGCCGAGCGGGGCCCGCGGGCCCAUGAGGAGGCCCGGGGACCAUGGGCUCCAGGAUCAAACAGGAGAUGCCAACACAGUCUCAAGUGUCCACCUGAUGCAAGUAGCUCACUCCUCAUCAACGUCUCUCUCCAACCCAUUGUCCAGUCCCUUCCAUGUCUGAUGAGUUGUCUUCGGGAAUGGUUCCUGUCCUGGGCCAACAGAAGGCAAAAUCCAGAGACCACAUUUGAAGUAUAUGUUGAAGUGGCCUAUCCUGGGACAGGUGGCACUCUUUCAGACCCUGAGGUGCAGAGGCAGUUCCCGGAGGACUACAGUGACCAGGAAGUUCUACAGACUUUGACCAAGUUUUGUUUCCCCUUCUAUGUGGACAGCUUGCAGUUAGCACUGUCAAAUGGAUUUGCCCUGAUUCUGAGUCUCACAAAGCCCCCCAGUCUCACAGUUAGCCAAGUUGGCCAGAACUUCACGUUUGUGCUCACUGACAUUGACAGCAAACAGAGAUUCGGGUUCUGCCGCUUAUCUUCAGGAGCGAAGAGCUGCUUCUGUAUCUUAAGCUAUCUCCCCUGGUUUGAAGUCUUUUAUAAACUACUCAACAUCUUGGCAGAUUACAGGACAAAAGGACAGGAGAGUCAGUGGAAUGAACUUCUUGAAACUCUGCACAAACUUCCCAUCCCUGACCCCGGAGUGUCUGUUCAUCUUAGCGUGCAUUCUUAUUUUACUGUGCCUGAUACCAGAGAACUUCCCAGCAUACCUGAGAAUAGAAACCUGACAGAAUAUUUUGUGGCUGUGGAUGUAAACAACAUGUUGCAUCUGUACGCCAGUAUGCUCUACGAACGCCGGAUACUCAUCAUUUGCAGCAAGCUCAGCACUCUAACUGCCUGCAUCCACGGGUCUGCUGCGAUGCUCUACCCCAUGUACUGGCAGCACGUGUACAUCCCCGUCCUGCCGCCACAUCUGCUGGACUACUGCUGUGCUCCCAUGCCCUACCUCAUAGGAAUCCAUUUAAGUUUAAUGGAGAAAGUCAGAAAUAUGGCCCUGGAUGAUGUCGUGAUCCUGAACGUGGACACCAACACCCUGGAAACCCCCUUUGAUGACCUCCAGAGCCUCCCUAAUGAUGUGAUUUCUUCACUGAAGAGCAGAUUAAAGAAGGUCUCCACAACCACUGGUGAUGGGGUGGCCAGAGCAUUCCUCAAGGCCCAGGCUGCGUUCUUUGGUAGCUACCGAAAUGCUCUUAAAAUUGAGCCGGAGGAGCCAAUCACCUUCUGUGAAGAAGCCUUUGUGUCCCACUACCGCUCAGGAGCCAUGAGGCAGUUCCUGCAGAAUGCCACGCAGCUACAGCUCUUCAAACAGUUUAUUGAUGGUCGAUUAGACCUUCUCAAUUCCGGUGAAGGUUUCAGUGAUGUUUUUGAAGAGGAAAUCAACAUGGGCGAGUAUGCUGGUAGUGAUAAACUGUACCACCAGUGGCUCUCGACAGUCCGGAAAGGAAGUGGAGCUAUUCUGAAUACUGUAAAAACGAAAGCAAACCCAGCCAUGAAGACUGUCUAUAAGUUUGCAAAAGAUCAUGCAAAAAUGGGAAUAAAGGAGGUGAAAAACCGCUUGAAGCAAAAGGACAUCACCGAGAAUGGUUGUGCCCCCACCACAGAAGAACAACUACCAAAGACUGCGCUGUCCCCACGGGUGGAGGCCAAGGACCCCAAGCUCCGAGAAGACCGGAGGCCAAUCACAGUCCACUUCGGACAGCCACAAAGACUCCGUCCCACCCGACCACCACCUCCCAAGAUACAGCGCUCAUCGAGGCCCGUCCGCCCUCCCCGUCCACAUGUCGUUAAGAGACCAAAGAGCAACAUCACCGUGGAAGGCCGGAGGACAUCUGUCCCGAGCCCUGAGCGGUACACAGCCCUUGGUCUCUGCCCAGACAGUCAGCAGCUACAGGCUGGCUUCCUGCGAUGCCUUGAAAAAGUACAUGAAUUCACCUUGGUCCAAGGUUACUGGGGAAUCAGGAAAAUUCCUCCAAGUAUCCUGAAGUCUUUUAGGCCGCAGCCAUAUCGGACACUCAAGGAGUCAGACAGUGCAGAAGGUGAUGAGGCAGAGAGUCCAGAGCAGCAAACGCAGGAACCUGUGGGCCCAGCUCUGCCUGACCGGGCUGCCAGCAUCGACCUUCUGGAAGAUAUCUUCAGCAGCCUGGACAUGGAAGCCCCACUGCAGCCUCUGGGCCAGGCCAAGAGCUUAGAGGACCUUCGGAUGCCUAAAGACCUAGGGGAGCACCCAGGGACCUUUGAUUAUCAGAGGCUGGACCUGGGUGGGAGUGAGAGAAGCCACGGGAUGCUGGUGGCCUUGAAGCUCACCCACCCAUACAACAAGCUCUGGAGCCUGGGCCAGGAUGACAUGGCCAUCCCCAGCAAGCCCCCUGCGGCCUCCCCCGAGAAGCCCUCACCCUUGCUUGGGAACUCCCUAGCUCUACACCGCAGGCCCCAGAACCGGGACAGCGUCCUGAACCCCAGCAACAAGGAGGAUGCCCCCACUCCCCCUCCGGGCAGUAUCACCAUUCCCCGGCCCCAGGGCAGGAAGACCCCAGAGCUGGGGAUUGUGCCGCCACCACCUACCGCCCGCCCAGCCAAGCUGCAGGCCGCCAGCGCCGCACUUGGCGACUUCUCCUCAGAGCGGCUGCAGGCUGACCGGGAAAGGAGAGCUGCCCCCAGCCCAGCCCCAUUCCCAGGGCACCUCCCCAGCACUGCCCCCCACAGCACCCCCGAACUGCUCCAGCCUCUCAGCCUGGCUCCAGGGCCCACCAGUACAGGCAACGAUGCCCUGCUUGCCCUUCUGGACCCACUUCACACAGCCUGGCCAGGCAGCACCCUGCCACCAGGCCCUCCUGCCCCAAAUGUAGCCACCCCAUUAACCCCACAGUUCGGCUUCCCCACCGCAGGGACCCCCACCCCAUUCCCACAGCCAUCACUCAACCCCUUUGUCCCAUCUGUACCAGCUGCGCUGCCCACCGUGCCCCUGGUCUCCACACCCACGGGGCCUUUCGGAGCCCCUCCUGCUUCCCUGGGGCCAGCUUUUGCACCCAGCCUCCUGUUGACAAAUUCUGGCUUCUGUGUGCCACAUAGAUCUCAGCCCAACCUGUCUGCCCUCUCCAUGCCCAACCUCUUUGGCCAGAUGCCCAUGGGUGCCCAUACCAGCCCCCUGCAGCCGCUGGGACCCCCAGCAGUUGCCCCUUCGAUGAUCCGAACGUUGCCCCUGGCCCGCUCAAGUGCCAGGGCUGCUGAGGCCAAGCAGGGGCUGCCCCUGAGGCCUGGAGAUGCCCCACUCCUUCCUCCCAGGCCCGCCCAGGGCCUGGAGCCGGCACUACAGCCCUCUGCUCCUCGGGAGACCAGAGACCCCUUUGAGGAUUUGUUACGGAAAACCAAGCAAGAUGUGAGCCCAGCCCCUGCCCCGGGCUCAGUGGAGCAGCUCAGGAAACAGUGGGAGACAUUCGAGUGAGCCAGGCCUUUGCACCUUUGCCAUGGUGCCCAUGUUAGCCAGCCCUCUGCUUCCCAUGCCUCCCGUUUCUGCCCAGGUUCUGCAGGUGGGAAGGGAGGGGACCCCUUUAUGUCUCCCCUUCUGCCCCUCCACACUGCCUAUCUCUGAGGUCUGGCCAUGGGAAGAUGGCGCCAGCUCUGGCCUGGGAAUUGACCUAGCUUCUGGCCAUCCAUCCCACCUACCACCUCCCCUCCUCGGCACUCCUGAUUGGGUUUUGCGCUAAAGAGGUCAGCUGGGCCAGUGAUGGCCCCAGAUGGUAUCCUACCCCCCUUCCCUCUGAAACCUCCCACGGGGAACCGAAAGGCUCCUCAAGGCCUCUUCUCCCCCCUCUCCUGUCUCAACUGUGGCCCUGGUCCAGCAGGCCCCACCUGAUGGUCACAGAUGUCAGUGUCACCUUGGUGUGCACUCAUCUGCACUGGAUACAGACAGAUUGCGGGUUUGAAGUAAGGGACACCUCCAGCCCCCACUGAUCUACCUGGUGGGGUAUUUGCAAACCCUCUCUAGCAAUACACACAUUUGUUCUUUCAUGACUCUUCACCCCAAACUUCAGUUUUUGGCAUGGUAGGUAUUUGGGGGCUGAGGAAUCCUUGGGGUCCCUGGUCAUAGCCAAACACAGCCCCAACCAGUUCCGCAUAGGGGCGGGCUGGGAAGCACCAGCAACUCUGAUUUUUAGGAAGAAAAAUAAAAACAUAAUCUAAGUGUGUUAGGAGGCAUCAUCGAGCCACUGUCCAGCUCCCUGGCACUCAGACACCUGUGUGUUCUCCUGGUCUGUGUUACAGUCAGAACUGGGCUCAGCCUUGUGUCACUUGGGACCCCGUGAGCAGAGCUGAGUAGCAAUUCCAGCUGUAAGAUCAGGAUUGAUGCCACUGACUGAUGCCAGGGUCACAGCUGCUGGGGCUCCCUGGGUUGGAAAGGGGCAGUAGCACGGAGCCUCCUCUCCAGGUCCCCGGGGGAGUGGACAGAUGCCUGGAGGCAGGAGGAGGGCCUGAAGCCACCCCUCCCCGCUGCCUCACAGUUCUUGCCAGCACAGAAAUUCCUGAGACCAACGUCACCAAAGUUAAAUUGAAAUGUUUUGUUAUUGUUUCUUUUAUCUUUCUUUUCUUUUUUACUUAUUGAAUUGAUGAAUCUUGAAAUGGACUGAUUUCCACGAACCAAGUUAAAAUAUGGCCCAACCAUUUAAGAAAACAACCCUCUGAGACAUGCAGGAAAUUGUGAGCAUUUUGACCUGAUUUCUCAUUUCCUGUUUGUAGACGGUCAGACACAGUCUACCCAGGGGUGUCUGGUGGGGCCAAGGGGGUCUCUGGAGGCCCCAUCUCCCCAGGGAGCACUGUCAGUGUCUGCGAGGCUGGGGGCCCUCGACAGCUUCACAUGGCUCCGUGAAGACCAAAGGGCUGGCCCUGAGGUUGGCUCUGACCUGGGGUUUGAAGAGCUGCUGGCCCGGCACACAGCCCCUUCCCUAGUCAAUCAUGAUCCCCUUGGGCAAAUUUUCGCUCAAGAGUAUUCCCUGGCUGCCAUUCCACCCACCCAUCCUGGGCAGCCCACCCAGCAGGGCAGAGGCUAAGAGGUGCUGCGUGGUGCCAGGGAGUCGGAGCCGUCUCCCUGGCUGAGCUAGGGGCCUUGUGGCCCGCACCCGAUGUUCCCACAAGCACUGUUAUCUCUUCACUUGCUGGAUUGAUUUUGCAAACCCAAGAAUGAAUUUUGUGUGUGCAUUCAAUAAAAUCUUGGGGAGAAGGCUGCUA